GUGGUGGUUUAGAGUGUGUAUGUGUGUCCGCCAUGAGUGGUGAUCAACCCAGGUCACCGGGCGACCUGACCUAACCAGUGAGUGUGAGUGUGUGGAGAGGGAGAGAGAGAGAAGCGAGAGAGCCUUCGAGCGCUCAGGCCAACAUGGGUCAGGGAGCGCGCUCGGGCGGCUCUUCCUGGUGGGGGCAAAGGACCCCGCGAAAUUGGAGGCUACAGGUGUACACGUGUUUUCUCGUGGUGAGCGUCCUGUGUCAAUCAUGCGUUCAGUGCUGUGGGCCAGGUCGAGGGGGCGGACGAAGGAGGUCUCCUCGCAAGCUGACCCCGCUAGUGUUCAAGCAGCAUGUGCCCAACGUGUCUGAGAAUACCCUGGGGGCAUCGGGGCUCACCGAAGGACCCAUAACGAGGAGUGAUCCCAGGUUCCACGAUUUAGUGCCAAACUACAAUUCCGACAUCAUUUUCAGGGACGAGGAAGGAACAGGCGCCGAUCGUCUCAUGACGGAGAGAUGCAAGGAGAAGCUGAAUACGCUGGCAAUUAGCGUCAUGAACCAGUGGCCUGGGGUCAGAGUCAGGGUCAUCGAAGGGUGGGAGGAGGAAUUUGACCACGCGCCACACAGCCUCCACUAUGAAGGAAGAGCCGUUGACAUCACAACUUCCGACAAGGACCGGGCGAAAUACGGGAUGCUGGCUAGACUUGCGAGAGAGGCCGGCUUCGACUGGGUCUACUACGAGUCGAGAUCUCACAUCCACUGUUCCGUCAAGUCUGAAUCCUCAGCGGCGAGUAAGCUAGGAGGCUGUUUUCCGGGGAGCGGCAGCGUCAUGACACCAUCGGGACCGAGACCUGUGUCGACGCUGCAAGAGGGUGACGAAGUGCAGGUUAUGAGGACCGACGGAACACUGGCGUUCAGUCCGGUGCUUAUGUUCCUACACAGAGACGAACAGGCCUCUCGACUAUUCCUCCAGCUGAGAACUUCCAAAGGAAAGAUCCUCACUCUCACGUCCUCUCACCUCGUCUUCAUCCUGCCCAGAGAAGACGCGACGAGCAAGACCCCGAGUCUCGCGGAUGCCCUGACGUCUGGUGGGGCAGCACUUGCAGCGAGGGUCGAAGAGGGAGACUUCCUCCUGGUGAGACAGGACGGUGGCGGCGUGGCACUGGAGGAGGUCACGGAAGUCACCGAGGUCAAGGGAUCGGGGGUUUUCGCCCCCCUGACAUCCGAGGGGACAGUUGUGGUGGACGGAGUGGUUGCCUCCUGCUAUGCUGUCAUCGAUUCGCAGAGAAUAGCUCACUGGGCCUUCUUUCCCGUCAGAUUUUACAAUAACCUGAAGGAAACGAUCCUUUCUAUACUAAGGAAAGUUGGUGCUAUUACAACGCCCAUCCAAAGAAAAACAGAGGACGUGGCCUACAGUAGCAACAUCCAAAAUCUCACGCAGAACGAGGUCCUGUGGAAAGGCGGCGGCUCCUUUGAGAACAAUGAAGUGGGCCUUGAAACGAAUGUCCACAUUCAUUGGUACGCUCGCUUUUUGUACACUAUAGCAUCUAGGCUUCUUCCAGCCCAUCUAGUGUACUCGUAGUCAAGUUUCCAUCCAUCACUACACUGGAAACAAACAGCACGCAAAUUAUAAUAUAUCCCGGACGCUUCUUUCUUAAAUUUAGGCUCCUCAUAGAAAACUGGUUUUCCAACCACUUGUCUAUAUCAGGCCCCAUAAUUAAUGACUCGAUGAGCGCGAUAUCUGGCCCAGCAGAAAUAAGACUAAAAUUCCUUCUAUCAAAAAUGAAGACCAAUUUCCCGUAGAAAUGUUUCUGCAUCGGCCUGCGCCGAGCUAUCAACUGUGUUCCUGGUAACACCACCUGAUAGAGAAUCUAAAGCCUGCUGUUAGUAUGGCAGACACUAUGGAUGAUUCUAGGAUUAUCUUCAAUGUGAGGCUUUACUGAAAUAUCAGUCAUAGCCGUAUCUCCAUUUACGUGUUUCGUGUUAGAACUAAAUGAGCUUGUAAAUGGCGUACCAGUGACUAACUGUGUGAAAUAUAAUCUCAUCAAUGUGCACACUGAACGGCACACAAAAAUGUUUCGCUUUCAGAACUGGAAGAUAACAACAUCCUUGUAAAGUGACAGAUAAUCUCUCUCUCCAGCUUGUCGUUAAGUUUCAUAUGCAAAUCACCGAGAGAUGCCAUUGAUGUGAAUCCUUUACCUUUGAACCAGACAGCUUUAGGUGACUUAAUAGCAAAUUUUACUCAUUUUGCAAGCUUCUAGCCUAACUCAUGUCCAGUAAUUACUAUAACUUUCAGAAGGAUUAUCUGGAUCAAUAUAGUUAUUCAACUGACAAAGGAAGAAACGAGAUUAUAUGUGACCCUCAUUACGAAAGUGUGUUUCAAGCGUAAAGCAACUACCAAGCAAAGAGAGAGCUUGCAUGUUAUGAUAUAUUGCUACAGAGCGGUAAAUGAAAGAGUUCUGGGAGGCACAGAAAGGAUUCCAGUGUUCCCCCCCGAAUGUGCUACUGCGUUGCAAACUGAUGAUCCCUUUUUUCAAUGAAACACUUGAAAUCUCAUUAGCGUGUCCACUGAUGACUGUUGCCUAAACUUAAUAAACGUCAUGUUUGGCAUCUACGCAGGGACGAGGGAUUCAGCUACCCCAAAAACCAAGUAAUAAUAAUCAUAGCAAAGGCAGAAUUGUGAGGGAAUGCAUGUGAUAGCCAGAGUACCCAGAGGGAGCUCUAGGCCCUGAGUUUAAUUUCUGAAAUAAGGAGAAGAAAAGGAGGGGAAGCAGGAGACGUAGGAUAUCAGAGGCAGCAGAUGGCCUCUAGGAUAUCAAGGAUGUAUGUAUGAGUAUUUGUUUGUGUGUGUGUGUGUGUGUGUGUGUGUGUGUGUGUGUUUGCAGGCAUGGACGUGAGCGAACUGUAUUUCUUCAGCCAGUUUCUGAAACUAUUUACUAGACAAUGUCCACACAACUGUCCCCAUUAUCACCUUUUGUAAAAUAGAAAAAAAAAAGUCAUCAAGGAUUAGCAGCAGGAGUUACAGAUAUUAUCUGACGAAACCAGACUGAAAAACGGUAGCAACCACUCUGAACGAAUAAUGGCAAGACAUACAUUGAUGCUGUUAAAUCUAAAACUGAGAAAGGGCGGAAAACCUACCAGUUUAGCAUGUUGUUUUAAAGGAACCGCCUGAAAUAAGAUGAAAA